UAUUGUCAUCUCCCGGACACUCUUCUUCUACGCACCCGCACAACCAGUCUACUGGCAGCUCUACGAGUCAACGAAUCUUAACUCGGAUUCUCCACUGCCGCAUUUACCGCAAAGGGAAAACAUUAUUUUAGGUUCAUUCAAGAUCCUGCCGGAGGGUUUUUGACAGGAAUACGGCAACCGACAUGAGUUCUGCCUGCGUUAUUGUUAAACAGACGCCCUUCGUUGUGGCUCCUCUCGCGCGCCCUUUGAUGAUGGACACCACGCCAACAAACGACAGUUACGCCUCUCUGUGGAGACCCUGGCUCGUGAGCAGUAAGGAAGCGCAUCGCGGGAGCCGGAGAAGCGGUCAGUCAUGUCCCUACUCCAGGCCCUCUGCAGCCCCUGCUCACGUCUCCACCGAGGGGAAACCCCAGACCUUUCAGCAUCCUGUCCGCCUGUUCUGGCCCAAAUCCAAAUCGUUUGACUACCUGUACAGUGACGGGGAGACCCUGCUCAAGAACUUCCCCGUCCAAGCCACCAUCAGCUUCUACGAAGAGUCUGACAGCGAGGACGAGGAGGACGAGGAGGAGGAGGAAGAAGAGGAGGACUGGGAGGAGGAAGGCUGCAGCGAGGGCGAGGCGUGUCUCAAGCCUCGGUCCUUCUACACCAGCUGUAACUGAACUCUAAGAUUCCUCUCAGUCUGCUCACGAUCUGUCCAACACCACUCCUCCCCUGUGUUGAGGACUGCUGCGUCUGAAUGGGAUUAUAUAGAUUGAAUCUGUUGUAAGGAACACAAAGUCCCAUAUUGGGAUGGGUUACCGUGGAAACAAACAAGUCUCAGGGUCUAGGAUUUGCUUAUGUACAUAGAAUACGUUUCGCGUCAUUUACUUUUCUAAUUUAUAAUGUUCAAUUGUAUAUAAGCACAUAUAUUUAUAUUGACUAUUUUUGUAUACGUUUUUGGGAUAUUUCCCAAACACUGUCUAAACUUUUUCACGGUUUUAAUGAAAUAAACUCUAUUUUGGGAAAGCA